AUGCAAAUGCCAAGUGACACUUGUCCUACUUCACAAUUUGAUGCCACGGAGAUAGACUGGGGGUAUCUGAUUGGGCUGGUGGCUGGAGGUGGAGUGAGGAAAGGAAUAGAGGGAAUCUUAGGGAGAGAAGUAGGGAUGCUUGGCAUCGGCGGCAAGGUGGUUGUCAUGGUUGGCAAGCUUGGAAGCGGCGGCAGAGUAGUCGUGGGCAGUGUUGGUUGCAUGGUGGGCAGCGUCGGUAGUGUGGGCUGGGGCAAGGUUGUUGGGAUGGCAGGCAUUGGUGGCAUGGCGACGUUUGGCAAUGUGGGCAUGGCCGGUAGGGGAGGCAACGACGUUGGUAAAGUUGGUAUGGUGGGAAGAGACGGUAUCGAUGGCAUAGUUGUUUGA